UCAAUUCCUAAGUUUUAAAUGUCUCCCUGUUCUGAGUAGCAUAAUGAACUCUCACUCUCUCCCACCUAGGAUAUGAAUCCUCCCUCUGUCCAUUGUGACCUCAGUGUCUAUGCGCCUGCCCAUAAGUCACUUAGUAGCCAUCUCAGUUAUCAGAUCAGCUGUUGUGGUAUUCCGGUGCUUGUGUUCAGGUCACCCUUAUUUGGCUUGAUGCUGGCCCCAAAGUGCAUAAUAGUGAUUCUGGCAAUUUGGAUUGCCGAAGAGAAAGCGGUAAAGUGCUUUCUUUAAGUGAAAAGGUGAAAGUUCUGGACUUCAAAAGGAAAGAAAAAAAAUCAUAUGCUGAUUUUGAUAAGAUCUAUGGGACCCGUGUGGGCUGGUCUGUAAGUACUAGAGGCUUUGAGGAGGCCAGGAUGGUCUUCAGGGUCUUUCCAGUUCUGGAAGUUGGUGGUGCCAGGAUUCUGCGUCAGCAUCUUUCUGUGCUUUAAUUGCAUUUUAUCCCAUGUCAUGUGUUUCCUUGGAGUUCUGAGGUAAGAAGGGGUCUGAAGUUUCUUUGGGGCUCUGAGAAUGCUGGGAUCAGUUACAGUAAGUUUUCAAUCUUGAUGAUAGGUUCUUGGGAUCUUCACCUUUAAGCAAAACAUAGAAUGAAACCAGUUUUACUAUAGGCUAAUUGAUGGAAGCAAGAGUUAAGUUCCUGUGAAUGUUUCUGACCACAAAAACAUCACUGAACUUUUAAAGACCCCAAACAUUUCUAAUAUUAACCAUUGAAAUGUGAGCUAUACAUGCAUUUAUGAACAAUUAAUAAAAAGUUAGAUAAUUAUUUACCUAAUUACUCCAGUUCAGGGUUGCAGGUGGUCCCCUAUCCGGGAAGCUCAGGGCAUAGGGCGGAAACCAGUCCUGGACGGGACACCUCAUGGCAGGGUGCACCCACACCCACACUCACUCAGACUGGGACCAUUUAGACACACCAGUGAGCCUAAGUGCACAGCUUUGGGAUGUGGAGGAAUCUAGGGUACUCAGAGAACACCCAUGCAGACAUGGGGAGAACAUGCACACUCCUCACAGACAGUAGCCCUGGCUGGAAUAGAUUUUUUCUCAUCAGUGUUAUGAUGACACUAUUUGAGGACCUCCCGUAGUGAUGUCUGGACAGGAGAAUAUUAGGAGCGGCUGUGUGUAAGGUAUCUGCACCCUGUACCACAUUCUGAGGCCCUUAGGAAUGUACUGUGCCUUGCUCACCCCCGCCUCCCUGUUCCCAUGGGUGCAUUGUAGGUGUGGAAGAACAUGGAAAUCCAUGGAGGAGGACCCUAUCUGUCUUCUUCCCCCUGCUGCAUCCCAGGGCUGUGGCUUGUCAUGUAGCACUUGCUUGGGCUGGAUCCAGCCCUGACCCUCUAAUCUGCAUCCUGUGAGCCACCAAGACUGAACCAAGCCCAGGAAGCGGCGCCACCAACCGGCCUCGCAGAGGCAGAGGCCCUGGAGCAGUGACAGCACAGGAGAUCCGCUGGCUCAGGGGAAGGGGAGGAAAGAGGAAAACAAAGGGAGUGAUCGAGUGAGCCUCGCCCCGCCCUCCCUGUGCCGGCCCAUGAUGUGUCAGUCAGAGGCGCGGCGAGGACCAGAGCUCCGUGCGGCGAAAUGGUUGCACUUCCCCCAGCUGGCCCUGAGGCGGAGGCUGGGGCAGCUGAGCUGCAUGUCCAGACCCGCCCUGAAACUGCGCUCCUGGCCCUUGACCGUCCUCUACUACCUCCUGCCCUUCGGCGCCCUCAGACCGCUCAGCCGGGUGGGAUGGAGGCCCGUAAGCAGGGUGGCUUUGUACAAGUCAGUGCCGACACGCUUGCUGUCACGGGCCUGGGGUCGCCUCAACCAGGUGGAGCUGCCACACUGGCUGCGCAGGCCUGUCUAUAGCCUGUACAUCUGGACCUUCGGGGUGAACAUGAAGGAGGCCGCCGUGGAGGACCUGCAUCACUACCGCAACCUCAGCGAGUUCUUCCGGCGCAAGCUGAAGCCGCAGGCCCGGCCCGUCUGCGGCCUGCACAGUGUGGUGAGGCCCGAUCCUUUCCUCCUGGGGGAAACAGGACUUUUUCCUGCCUCCACAGCUGGGACUCCACUUGCCCAGCACAGCCCCCUGGUCUCCAGCAUAUCUGGAAGCAGCAGGAUGACAAGGGGAGGUGGGGGCUGUCUUCUGGGGGGAGGAGACCCUGCUCUCCCUGGCAGCAAGCCUCUUCUGUCCUUCCAGAUCAGCCCAUCGGAUGGAAAGAUCCUCAACUUUGGGCAGGUGAAGAACUGCGAGGUGGAGCAGGUAAAGGGGGUCACCUACUCCCUGGAGUCGUUCCUGGGCCCACGCACCUACACAGAGGACCUGCCCUUCCCGCCAGCCGCCUCGUGUGACUCCUUCAAGAACCAGCUGGUCACCCGGGAAGGGAAUGAGCUCUAUCACUGUGUCAUCUACCUGGCCCCCGGGGACUACCACUGCUUCCACUCCCCCACGGACUGGACUGUGUCCCACCGGCGCCACUUCCCAGGCUCCCUGAUGUCAGUGAACCCUGGCAUGGCUCGCUGGAUCAAAGAGCUCUUCUGCCACAAUGAGCGGGUAGUCCUGACGGGGGACUGGAAACAUGGCUUCUUCUCACUGACGGCUGUGGGGGCCACCAACGUGGGCUCCAUUCGCAUCUACUUUGACCGGGACCUGCACACAAACAGCCCGAGGCACAGCAAGGGCUCCUACAACGACUUCAGCUUCGUGACGCACACCAAUAGAGAGGGCGUCCCCAUGCGCAAGGGCGAGCACCUGGGCGAGUUCAACCUGGGCUCCACCAUUGUUCUCAUCUUUGAGGCCCCCAAGGACUUCAAUUUCCAGCUGAAAACAGGACAGAAAAUCCGCUUUGGGGAGGCCCUGGGCUCGCUCUAGAGCCUCUUUCCUGAUUAUGGCUGCUAAGGGAUCUUUUCCAAACAGAGUGAGGGUCUUUUAGAGAGGGAGGCCCAUGAGGCCAUCCAGGUGAGGGCCUGCCUCAGAGUGGGUGAGAGUCUGACCAGGUAGGACUUGAAUGACUCGGCUCCCACCUGUUCCGGAGGUGCAGACAAGAGGUGGUGAGAGCCCCUGUCAUGCCCUCAACCUAUCCUGUUCCUUCUCCCUACAAAUAAAAAGUGCAGGCUGGAAUGAUCUGUCACAUUUGGAUCUUUUUAAACACUGUAUAGACGGGAGAUCCUGCAUUCCCGACUGAACCUUCAGUUGGUCUCGAUUGUCAUUUUUUCUUGCUGCUCCUCCCCAUCACCUGGGCUGUUUUCUGUUGGCCCCUUUUGUUUUUUGGCCUUAACCCUCCUGCUGCACAGGGUGAGGUGCCUCCUUGGCACAGACUGUGGAUGCCUCCUCCCCCAGCAGAGCCACACAGCCUUCAUGACAACUGCUUUCUGUUCCCAAAUUCACCUCAUCCUGCUCUUUAGAAAAAGCAGUCUUUGUGCUUGUGGCUGAAUGCAUCACCCUGGACUCUGCCAGUGUCUUCUGAGGACACUGAUUAAUGAUACAGACCUCUGUAGGACCUGAUGAGUGACCUUCUGGAGCUGGUCAGGUCCUCGUUGCAGCAGGCAAGACUAAUCACUGAACCUGCCUCAUGGCACCAGAAUGAACAGGGCAGGCAGGUGGUAGGCCCAGCUGGGGACAGGGGAGAGUUCCUGUCCUCCCCAUAUCCCUACAUGAAAUGUGGGAAAGUUGCUGCUGUUGAUUCAGGGUCUGUCUGGGAGGCAGAGGGCCCUUGGUGGAUAGUCGGUCAGUGCCUGGAAAACCUGUCCCAGUUAUCAGGAAUGCGUGCCUGGGGAGCCCCCGAUGGCGGGGACAGGGCCAGAGUUCAUGUUGACCCUGGGGACGCUGUGAAUUUCUCCUGCAGGAGAGCCAUCACUGAACUUUUUCAACUGUAUCAGUAGCACAGUAUUUUUGUAUGAGAAGUGGGAGACUUCUGAACAGUAAUUCAUUUAAUGGCAAAACAUUUUGAAAUAAAAAAAUAAAA